GUGUCAAACCAAAUAUAGUCUUAAUUAGUGUGAUAAUAAUGCUGGGAACCCACACUCCCAAUCAAUAUAUUCUCCCCCUGCCUCUCUAAAUUAUUUUGCAUAAAAGAAAUCUCCACUUUUUCCAUGCAAUCACAGCAAUGCCUCCACACAAAAAGAAGCUUAAAGGCUAAGUAAUUAAGAAACUGAAACCCUAAAAAGCAAUAAAACAAAACUAGACAGAGUGAAAACAAAUUAGUACUUGGUGUAUUCUCUCUCUCUCUCUCUUGGCGCCCUUUGCUUUCUUUCUCUCUAUGUGUGUAUAUAUAUACAAGCAUAAAGCCCUUCGCUUUAUUUUAGCACCUAUAUUCUCAUUCUUCCUUUAUUAUUCUUUCUUUCUCUCUUUCCCUUUCUCUCUCUCUCUCUCUCUCUCUCUCUCUCUCCCUUUGGGCUAACCCUCCAGUUGAUGUGAUUCUCCACUACACCUCCAAAAACCAAAUAACCUUUACAAAAGAGAAAGAAAGAUCAAGAACCAUGGUUUUUUCUUCAAUUCCUGCUUAUCUUGAUCCAUCCAACUGGAAUCAGCAACAAAAUCAUCAAAUAAUCGGAAGCAGCAGCGCCAACCCUUUACUCCCACCUCCACCGCAUCCAGGGGGCCCUCCGCCGCCUCCUCCGCCUCAGCCGCAUGGAGGCGGCGGAAUCCGGCCCGGCUCCAUGGCGGAGCGAGCUCGCAUGGCCAACAUACCCAUGCCGGAAACAUCCCUGAAAUGCCCUCGCUGCGAAUCCACAAACACAAAGUUCUGCUACUUCAACAACUACAGCCUCUCUCAGCCGCGCCACUUCUGCAAGACCUGCAGACGCUACUGGACUCGCGGCGGCGCCCUUCGCAACGUCCCCGUCGGCGGCGGCUGCCGGAGAAACAAACGCAGCAAGUCCUCCAACUCCAAAUCCCCAGCUAGCAGCGACAGGCAGGCCAAUAAUAACCCCAGCUCCACAAGCACCGUCUCCACCAACAGCAACAGCGCCGCCGCCAAUAUGCUAGGCCUAACUCCGCCGCUCCCGCCCCUCCGCUUCAUGUCCCCGUUAGGCCAGUUCACCGACAACUUCACCGCCGAUAUGGGCUUGAAUUACAGCGCAAUAGCAGCCUCCACAGUCGGAACAAGCGAUAUGAAUUUUCACGGCGCGGGGAGCUUACUCGGCGGCAGCGGCAGCGGUGGAGUAGCCUCGCUCUUAUCAAGUGAAGGCGGCGGCAUUGAGCCGUGGCGGCUGCAGCAGGUUCAGCAAUUCCCUUUCCUGGAUGCAUCAUCCCAAGGGUUCUACCAGUUCCACGGCGGCGAGGCCGGGUUCCUAGGCGGCGGCGAGGCGAGGCCGAAACUGUCUAGCCCAAUGAUGAGUCAGCGGCCGCCGGUGAAAAUGGAGGACAACAACGCAGAGAAUAACCUAACGAGGCAGAUAUUGGGCGGAAAUGAGCAGUGGAAUGCGCCCACUACAGCUAAUUGGACAGACCUUUCUAGCUUCAGCUCUUCUUCCACAAGCAAUCCCUUAUAGAAAUGCUGGCAUCCACACCCAAAUUAAACCCACCUGCAAAUAUCGAAGCUUAAUACCCAUCAUCAUCAUCGAAACCCUAGCUUGAAGAAAUUGAUAGGUUUGUUUGUUUCUCUUCAUCUCAAUUUGCAGCCUAAUAUAUGAGUAUAUGUGUAUGUACUUUCUCUCUCCCUCUCUCUCAAUAUAUAUAUAUGUAUGUGCUGCCUGAGAAUGUUUUAGACAAACUGAUGGAUUGAUCGAGAAUAUGAGAGAUUUCUUGUAGCUUGUGUUAGAUUUGGAGAUGUAAUGUUUUUCAGGAACUAAUGUUUGUGAAAUCUGAUGAUCUAAUUAUUUAUAAUAUAUAUAUGACAAGUUUCACAUUCGACCCA